AUGGCUGAUUUAGAAGUGAGCAAAGAAAGCAUCGAGUUUACAGGAGAAACUCUUUACAAGAUAGAUUUUCAAGUUGAAAUUUGCCUUGGGAGAUUCAGAGAUAUGCCUGAAAAGCGAAUUGUAAUUAAAAAAAUAUAUCCUUGCAAUCGAGAUGAGCGUAAAUUACUCAGAGAAGUAGCUGCAAUGUAUCGAUUAGAUCAUCCGUCAAUACCUAAAUUUUAUGGCUACUACUGAGACAGCAAGAGUGGAUAUCGUAUCCUUUGCAUACUAUUAGAAUAUUUUCAACGUGGCGAUCUUGAAAACGAAAUCAUAAAAAGAAAAGAGACUGGAAACCCCUGAUCAGAAGCUGAGCUAUUAUCCAAUUUUGGAUACCUUUUAAAUGCAUUUGCAUAUCUCGAAAAUUCUCACUAUGCACAUAGAGAUAUAAAGCCUAAAAACAUUUUUGUAGCAGAUGAUGGAUCUAUGAAAGUUGGAGACUUUGGAUGCUCUAUACAAAGUCUUCAACAUCAAUUCAUGGCUGAAGCAACGAUUUCUGGAUCUCCUAUAUAUUUGAGUCCAAUUCUUAGAGAAGCAUGAAUCUCUUAUCAUCAGGGCCAAAACUUAAGUGGGAAAAUUGCUCAUAAUGUUUAUAAAUCUGAUGUUUACUCUCUUGGGCUGACAUUUCUUUAUAUGGUAAGUUUUAAAGAGCCAAUGGAUUUAGCAACCCUUCAACACCUCGAGUUAAAGCUAAAAUCUAGAUUGAAACAAGUAAAAUAUAAAAGUAUCAGAUGAUUAUUAAGGAGAAUGCUAAAAUUGAAGGAAAAAGAGAGACCAAAUUUUAUUGAUUUAUACAAUUUUUAUAAACAAAAUAUAGAACCCUCACAGCAUAAUCUGAAUAUAUAUGCCCAAAGCUUAGCCCACAUGGUAAAUACAAAGUCAUACUCAAGUGACGAAUUUAAUGCUUCAAUUCUUGCGAACUCUAAAAUCAGAUUCAAAGUAAAAGUCUCUAAUGAAAAAUUUUUAGGUUACUUAUCUUCAAAGUGCGGCAGUGGUACUGUUAGCUCUGUAGAGCUUAAUAUACUUUCUUUAAUGCUUGAAAAUCAGUCUAUAUCAUUAAAUUUGAAUGUGUACUGCAAGGUAUGCUGCCAUGAAAUACAUGCAUAUCAAAGUAAAAUUAGAAGCAAGUGCCUUUGUGAAUUUUGAAUUCACGAGGAUUGCGCUAUACAAAGAUUGGCUAUAUAUGGCUCAUUUAUAUGUGAUACUUGCAAUUAUUGUGUUGUUCAACCAGAUAUCGCUCAGCCAAAGCCAGAAAUUUAUUGUCCUAAUAUAAAAUGUUUUGGGAGAGUAAGGAUUCCAAAGAAUGGAAACAGUUUCAGAUGUAGAGAAUGCUCAACAGAUUACUGCAAUAUAUGCAAGGUAAGCAUGCCUGAGCAUGAGAAUUAUUAUUGCACACAAGUAUCUUUAAACGAAAAAUUCGUAAAAUGUGGAAACUGUGGAAGUACUUCAACAAGAAAAAGGGGAAGUUUUUAUUAUAAUUGCAUAAAGUGUGGAUAUUUGUGCAUAGUUUGUCUUAAAGGGGUAUUUGUCAGCCAUCAAAAUUGCUGUACUGAAUUUAUAAGUAACCGAGUUUUAUAUUAA